AAAAAUAAUAACGCAAAACGGAGGAAGUGUUUCACGUUGAAGCUCUGUGGAUUCGAGUUGCUAGAAUCCAUUCAACGAUUUCAGGAGAAGCAAGAGCAGUCCAUAUCCAUAUGUCUCCGGCCUCUGGUAUGUUGCUUGACGAGACCCCGCUUUUCGAUCCAUCUCUGCUAAAGGAGCUGGACUGGAGCAGCAACACUGUCUCCUUCUCACCCCCAAUUUCCCCCUCUCAGCCUGGGGAGGGUCUGGUCCUUCGUCCUCUCUGUACUGCUGACCUAGAUAGAGGCUUCUAUAAGGUUUUAUCACAGCUCACAGUAGCCGGGGAUGUCACAGAGGAAAAGUUCAAAGCAAAUUUUGAACAUAUGAAAAGAAGUGGAGACUAUUAUGUCAUAGUGGUGGAAGACACAAAUCUUGGACAAAUUGUUGCCACAGCAACACUUAUCAUAGAAAACAAAUUCAUCCACGCUUGUGCAAAGAGGGGGCGUGUGGAGGAAGUGGUUGUGAGUGAUGUAUGCAGAGGGAAACAACUAGGAAAACUGUUGGUAUCAACAUUGACUCUCCUCAGCAAAAAGUUGCAGUGCUACAAAGUAACACUGGAGUGUGCACCGAAAAAUGUGGAAUUCUAUAAGAAGUUUGGAUUCUCUGCAUCAGAUGAGACUUACAUGCAGUGCCGGUUCUUUCAUUGAACCGAAGAGGAACUAGAACAUCAAGGAAUGUUAGCUUGGACAACUUCCACAUUAAUCUGUUAAAGUUUGAAAACUCUUGUUUUAAAUUUCCUAACACUCUUCAAAGUAUGCGGUUAUGGAGUGUUUUUGAAAGUCUCCAUUUUCAGUGUAGGAAAAUGCCGUUCCAGCGUGGAUGAAAGACACAAACAUAGCACAAUGAAAGCGUUUCCAAAUGAAAACAGAUAAGUGUGGAUGUGGCCUUCGAUCAGACUACCUCGAAGUUGCACCUUUUUAGUCAGCAAAAAUAUUAUUACAAAACGGUAUAUCUUUAUAAUUUAAUUACACUUUAUGCACAACACAUUAUAACUUCAGAAAGUGGACUUUUGUAAACAUUGUCUAAAUGUCAGCAGUCAUUGUCGAGCACUAUUGAAAGUUACUCAGUUAUUUAUAAAAUAUGACUCUGCCAUGAAAAUUUGCUAGAGAAAUAAAUAAGAUCUAAUCAUACGUGUGGUCAACACUGUAAACCACAGAAAAAUAACACAGUGGCAUGUUAGGGCUAUGUACUUGAAUAUUUUCUUAUGGAAAGAUUUAAUGCAAAGAUACUUUUCUGUUCAAGGGGAUGUAAUUUCUUAGUAUCGCAGAAACGGUUUUGAAAUCAUUUUUAAAACGGAAUGUUUAUGGGAUUUUCCCCUUUUCUUAAAAUGACUGUGUGGAAAAUUUACCAAACCUCAAAUCACAUUUGGCAUUCUAGAAGCAAGUUCCAUGGAAGCAGUAUAUAAUCUUUUUUAAUUUAUUUAAAAUAUUUUGCUUAUACGCAGUUCUCUUAUUAUUGUUCUCUACAUUGAAUCUAAGUUUACCUCUUAUUUAUUGUCUUUUUUCCCCUCAAAAUUCUGGCUAUAACCUUAGAAACUGGUGGCAAUUAUAUUGAAUCAAUAGAUGUGUAAAACCAAAAUGAAGGCUAAUUAUUUUAAAAUAUUUCAUAAUGCAAUGAAAGCAUACCUUUGUACAAAUUCACUUAUUUUUAUAAUUUCUCUGAUAGCAGUUAAGAGAAAUAAGGUGCUUCCACAUGCUUUUUCUGUGUGGUUCUCUUAUCAGUCAAUCAGCAACUGAAUAUGUUGCAGUGUUUUUUUGUUCUUUUAUAACUUAUGUAAAGAAAUUGAUGGAUUGAAACCAUAAAACAAGUGGGUGAAUGGGUCAAAAUGCAACUUUAAAAAUAAAUGAAUAUGUCAAGUACAUAUUGUA